AUGGCCAACAUCAUUAGCCCUCGGGGGACCCAGAGUAAAACCCCAGGGCCCCGCCCCCUCGCCGUCUGGAGCGAGGGAACCCGGAGCCAGCUGAGGGCGCAGGGCUGGUCGCGACGCGCCGCCACGCCGGGACUGGUGAGGGGCGCGCCGCCGCCGCCACGGGGAUCUGGGGGCGCCUGCUCGCUGCUCCGCCCGCUCCCGGCCCGCUGUGCAGGCGGCUGGAUCUGCAGCAGCAGCGGCGACAGCGAACACUCCAGCGCAGGUGGCAGUAUCAGCUACGGCAGCAGGAGCAGUGACACCAUGGAUCUGUCUUUUAUGGCCGCACAGCUGCCCAUGAUGGGAGGAGCCUUCAUGGACUCGCCCAACGAGGACUUCAGCACCGAGUACUCCCUGUUUAACUCCUCCGCCAACGUCCACACGGCCUCCAACGGCCAGGGCCAGCUGGAAGAGCCUCCUAGGUCCUCCAACGACGCCGUCUUGCUGUGGAUCGCCAUCAUAGCGACGCUGGGAAACAUCGUGGUGGUCGGGGUGGUGUACGCCUUCACCUUCUGAGGGCACGGCUGCCACCGGCCACUCAGGACGGCCCCUCUGCACCGGGCCACGGUGGGCCAAGCUUUCCAGGUGGCCCUUUCUUGGCCAUGUUCUAGAACCCGGAGCUCUGACCGCUUGAAUGGCCUCUCCGGGCACAGAGACCUGGCGGCCUGGAGGGCAGAUAUCCAGGCUGUGGUGAAGCUGCUCCAGACAUGGCAGUGUGAGCCUCCAGCUCUGGGGGGCUCAGCAGACAUGGCCUGCAGGGCGUCACUGAAACUGUGGUCCCAACGCAGGAGGCGACGUGGACCAGGUGGUCAGGGUUAAAAGGUGGACGUGGUGGUGGUCACUUGCUAACCAUAAAAUGAUCGCUGCUGUGUCUUGUUUUUUACAAAUGUGCCAAACCCCACGUGUGGGGACUGGGCAGGAGCAGCUCCUGGAACAUUCCAGAUCCCAGCCCAGCUGGGUUUCCUGUUCAGCCCCUGGUAACGCUGGUGGUCAUCUCACAGGGCCAUAGGGCUGCCCUAAUGUGACUCGGAAAUGGCCUUCAUCACCAGGCACUUGGCCCCUUAAGGGCCCUGGGCACAUCAGGAAACCCAGGGAUGGGGGGUUACUGGUCACAUGGUGGGGUUUCGGGGACACUGGUGUCCAGGGCUGGAUGGACUUCCUCAUCUUUUCAAGAAGAGAAGGGGACACCUUCAAAACUACUUCUGCUGAGCAGUUAACUUUUCAGCUGCCCAAAUGAAGUUGCUCUUUCUCCUCGGAGGAAUCCUGGAAUUCCUAAGAUGGGAAAGAUGCCCGUCCGCCUAAUCGUCGGGUGGAUGGGACGGAGAGGGCUGUGGUCUGCAUGUGGUCCCAGGUCCGGUUACUGGAGAAGCUGCCCUCGGUGGCGUGACCCUCCAGGGGUGCAGAAGCCAGGUGGGAGGCGGCAGGCUGUGCAUCUGCCUGUAUUUGGGGCCAGUUUGGCUGUGGUGUGCUCCUCUGCAGCUCCAGUUUCCCUGGGGGUCCUGCUAAACAAGGAGGGUCCCCAGCAAACAGCAGAGCAGGGUGGGACGCGCAGGGCCCAGUCCUGGGAAGUUACUGCACAAGGCCACUGCACCACCUUCCCAAGGCCGCUCCCUGUGCAGACAGUGGGAAGGAUCUCAGAGAGGACUGAGUGGCCACAGGCCCAGGGGUCUUUCUCCUUCCCUUCUCCCUCCACUACAGAAAAGAAGGUAAGUGGCAUAAAUCUCCACUCUGCGAUGGAGAGACUUUGAAGGCUAGUAAAGAAGCCCCUGUGUGUGUUUGGGGAUGAUUGCAGAAAUCCUGACCCCAUCACUGCUGUCUCAGGGGACAUGAGGGUUCUUGAUGAUAGGUAAAGGGCACCUGGGUUGUCCGGAAGUGGCCACUCGUCUCUGGGAGCUGCGUGAUAACAGGCUCACCAGCCCGGCCUCCAGACAGAGCCAUGGCGGCUGCCGGCUGUGAUUAGCACGCAUCCAUCUGCAAAUGCUUCUGCUCAGUGAGGAACCGGCCUGACCUUUACAGCCUGGGAUAAGGGACUUGGGACCGUCUGCCUGGGACUCCUUCUGGACUCACUGACGGACAGCCGGCUGGACUGGGUAGUUAGCCUCCACGCCACAGGGCCCUUGGGUGUUCACCCCGCCACUUUGCCAGCAGCGCCCUCCUCCCCAUGCCCCAGGUCUGCCCCCCGAACAAGGCUUUCUUAGACGGAUGUCUCCCUGAGAACCCAAGGAGGGGGGGUCCAGAGCCAGGACAGGGGCGAGGGCAUGCCUGGCAUCUUCUGGGGCACUUCAGUGCCAGGGCUUUCUGAUGCCCCAGCUUCUGGCCUCAUGUCCCCAGGGGCACCUGUAUCCCUUUAAAGAAGCAGGUCUCCAUACAGCCGUGGGAAGGCGGGUGGGAGAGGGCGCUGUGUCUGCGUGACCCAGGGAGAGAGGCAGGAAGGAAAAGUGGCAUGUGGCCUCGGGAAGGACGCCAGCGUUCCAGUCCCUGGGGACUUGUGACUGCAGGGGUCUCCUGGACGACGCACCCCCAUGCACACAUAAACGUCAGUUACAUUCAGUGUUCAAGUCUCUCUCCAGAGUCAGGGCACAGACAGUGGGGUGCCCUGGGGCCACCUUGUCCACACCACAGUGUGCAGAUCCCAGUGGCUCUCUUGGUGUCCUUGCUGUUUUUAUCCCGUCAUCACGGAUAACAGUGAGGAGCAAGGGAUGGGUUUCCAGCCAGAGAGCGAGCCGCCCUGUCCCCCGGCCUCUGUGGUCCUGUCUUGGUCAGGUGAGGGAAAAACAGACCUGGCUCCUGUGCCUGAGCACCGGGUCAGGUGCAGCGCCACAUUCGCAUGCCCGUCCUUCAUCCUCGCGGUUACUAGGCAACAUCAUUUCCCUAGUGCACAGGAGAGGUGCUAGAGGUGCAGAGGAGUGAAGUAACUCUCCUGAGGCCACACAGCAUGCAAGUGAGGAGCCAGGCCUGGAACUGGGAAGCUGGGCUUCAAAGCCAGGCUCUUUCGGUGACACCAUACUGUCCUUCUGUGGCCGGUGUCACUUCCAGGGCUCUGUUAGACCAGGCCCUGGGUCCACAGAGUCUGCUUCUCAAGGUACACUCCCUGGGCCAGCUCUGGCUCUCACAGGUCUCUGGUCAUCCUAGAACUGGGCGCGCUCAACCCCUGCCCGUUCCUUCUCGGCCUGACUCAUCAAGUGGUCCCUGAUGCUGCCCCCAGCCGUUUAAGAUGGUCCACAGGUCUCCUCAUAAGGCUCCAGUGAGGUUCCCAAAGACUGCCUUUGUCGGGAUGCAUGCAGGGGGGCCCUGACCGGGAGCCCUCAGGCAGUGCACUCUGGGAAAGCCGCUCCUCCCAGCAGAACUGCCAGGUCAGGUCGUGGGACGGCCCGUGUGGCACGUUGACCUCAGCUUAGACACAGCCCUCUCUCUGAGGACCAGGGCUCUCCAGAGGAGGGGACACAGAUGUUCUUGGUUCAGACUCCAGCUGGGGCCCAGUCUGGCCUCUCCCUAGGUGAGGCGGAACCCAGGGCCCCCUCUGGUUUGACGGGUCAGUGCUGAGGAAGGAGGCACUAGCCUCUCGAGUAGCUGGUCCUCGGAGAAGGGCUGCUUUUGCUGGAAUAUUCUCUGCGCUCCGUGAAAUCGAUAUCAAGAGGCAGAGAGAUGACUGUGUCUCCUUGCAGGAGUCCCCAGGGUCCUAGGGGGCAGGAAGGAAGAACAGGCUGGCGCCAGGUGGCUGGAAAGGCAAGAAGCCAGCUUCUAGCUGGGAGCCCGCCAGACCCCGUUAGCAGAUGUUAGGAUCCGCCUGGAGCCGCAGACCAGGCCUCUCCCCCCACUCAGCUGGUGGCUCCCUUCACCAUGAGCAGCCAGGUCCCUAGUUCCUCUCCUGCUGCUGUUCUACACGUCUCCCUGGUGUUUUGUGCUGUGUCAUGUUCCUCCCGAAUUCCCCUGGGGACAGCUGUGGGGGUGCCGAGGGGUGCACGUUGUCACCCCACUUUUCUCUUGAGGAAACGGGCAGGCCACAGGCCUGAGAGCCCACAGCAAGGAGCACGAGUUCAGCUCCGGCCUCCCUGGCCAGCCGCCUGCCCUCCCUGCACCCACCGCCCCCAGCAUGAGCCUUCCAGGGUGGGCCUCUGAGGCCAGGGCCAGGUUUGGCCCCAGGACUCGGUAGCCAGAUUGCCAGUGUCAAAAGAAAAUGAAAGCAGGGAGGACUGAGGCACUGGCCCGAGGAGGCCGCCCCAUGGCCCUGUGCCCUGCACCCAUCUCUUGACCAGCUGGCCCUGCACCCGCCCAGGUGGCCCCGUCCCAGCCUUGGUGAGGCUCAUGCUCAGCCUCUGGGUCAUUGUCAAGCUGACUUCCACCUCCCCAGAGCAGGUUGGAGCUGUUGCCACAGGAAUAAGUCCCAGCAGAUGCACAGGGCACACCUGAAGGGGAUGUGCCCACCUUGCACCCCAGUCCCUGGCCCCAGAGUUGGUCUCACCACAGUCUAUGUGACAUCUUAGUGAAGGAGAAGCUGCAGCACUUAGUUCAAAGAUUGUCCCCAUGGUCCUCUGAUAGUCCUGCCUGCCAGGGCAGCUGCAGGAGGGCAUGGUGACACUUUGACUGGAGGAGGCCGGGUCCCCAGGAGGUUUGGGCUCACUGCCAGGUGGAGCUGGUUGCAGGAGAGAGGGUCCCAGGCUCCUGACUACAGGUUUCAGAUUCCACUGGUCAGUGGUUCUCGGUUGUGGACUUUUGCCACCAAGGGGACAUUUGGCAAUGUCUACAGACAAUUUUGGUUAUCACCACUUGAUGUGCAUGGGUAUGGGGGGGUGUCGAUGGCAUCUGGUGGGUGGAGGCCAGAUUGCUGCCUGUUCCACAGGGAACAGGACAGACCCACGUGACAAAGGGUCAGCCAGCCCCCGAAGGCCAGCAAGGCCCAGGGUGGGAAACCCUGCUCUCGGCCCAACUAUCGCUGACUCCAAAAUGAUGAGGGUUUUCCCAAACCUCCUCUUCUGCUCUCUUGUGAGACACUGAAUAAAUAAAAGCCUUCCCAGCAACAGUGGUCAUUGUGGCCACCGCCUGAGUGCAGAGCAUCCCCGCGGGGACAACAAGGGGAACCCCUGACAAGUCGGAUGGGACUUCUGGGAGCCUGCGCCACUCUGUCUCCACUCUCUGCGGCUUUUGUGAGGACUCCCAGCCUAAGUGGAGAAGACCCCACAAAGUGGGUGGGACACUGAGGCUAAACAUGUCCCACCAGUGGCUUGGGUCCCUGGCACCUCCAGGGACCGGCCCACCUCAGCCCCUCUUAGAAGUGCGGCCUGGGGAAGAGUUUGGGGGUGGGGUGGCAUGGGAGGCCGGUGAACAGCAGGGGACCAGCCUGUACCCUCUCCUCUUUCGGACCCUUUCCCACAGCGCCCAGCUCUCUCCCCUGCUGAAGCCCUCCUCCUGCCCUCCCUACUAUUUAAGCCUUUACAGAAUUCUUAUUCUUAUAACUUGCCAUGUGCAGAAAACAGUCCUUCAUGCCGACAGAUUCAGAAACGUUUGUGUCUUACGAUCGUUUUCAUAAUCUAGCUGCAGUUUCCUUGAUUCAAAGGUGUUUUAACUACUUCUGUAGGUCUUUGCUACUCCCAUGAGACCACUGACUUCAGUGGUGAAAAGCCUCUCUCUCUUCACGUGAGAUUUCAGUGUGUUCUUUUGAUGAAAAAUGUGUAACUUUCAAGGAUGUAAAACCAGUGGUGAAAUCUUCCCCUUUGUUAGCAUUGUUGCUCUUGUUGUUUUCUAUUAUGAUAAUUAAAAAAAAAAAAAAAAAAAAAAAAAAACAA